AUGCUAUGUUCCACCUAUCCCUACUACCACAUCAUCGAACACUACGACUACGACUACUGCCCCGCCCUCAACUUCCACCACGACCACAACUUCCACCUCAAGUUCAAGUACAUCUACUACAAGCGGCACCACAACGAGACAAAGUACGACAACUUCUGUGACAUCAACAACAACCACAUCGGGCAAACCAUCACCCUCAGAUAG